AAAGCACAUACAAAAGACCAGAGGGACGCCAAGAGAGAGAGAAAGAGAGAGAGAGUGGAGGGGGAAGAAAGAGAGAGAGCCCACGUACCACCGUGAUUCCUUGAUUUUCUUGGUUGUGAGGGGUGAAGAUAAUAAUAAACAAUCCGUUUCCAAGGUUUCAAAGUAUCUUCUCAAGCCAACAGAGGGAAACUAGAUCCUUCCCAACAAUGGCCGACUGGGGCUACUUCAAUCUGGUCAUAUAGAUUUGAUAGGAGGUAUAUGCAUGGAUGCUACCCAUGUGUUGAUGAGAUUGAUGGGCAGCUUCCUACAAUUCAAUAAUCUUUCGUUUGGCACACAGAGAGACUGUAAUAUGGAGUUUUAACUUUGGGGUUUGUGGCCACAUACAGGGAAGCUUUUCUGUAACGGAUUCAGGUGAUAAUGUUAAUGCAGAGUUCUCUUCCUAGUUCAAUUGAAGCUGCUCUAUUUCAUGUAUCGGAUAAAGGGAAAGAAGAUGCUCUAUGUGACUGGAUACCUAGUGCUGAAACUUGGCAGGUGUGCCUGAAAUGCAAAAGAUGCCCUCUUACCUGCUGCAGAAAAGUUGAAACAAUGCAAGAGCAAGAGGAUAGAAGGAAUGAUGAUGUUCCGUGCUGCAGAAAUGUUGAAGCGAUGCAAGAGCAAGAGGAUAGAAAUGAUGAUGAUGUUCCGUGCCGCAGAAAUGUUGAAGCAAUGCAAGAGCAAGAGGAUAGAAAUAAUGAUGAUGUUCUGUGCUGCAGAGAAGUUGAAGCUGUGCAAGAGCAAGAGGAUAGAAGCAAUGAUGAUGUUCCAUGCCGCAGAAAAAUUGAUGCUAUGCAAGAGCAAGAGGAUAGAAGGAAUGAUGAUGCUCCAUGCUGCAGAAAAUUUGAUGCUAUGCAAGAGCAGGAGGAUAGAAGGAAUGAUGAUGCUCCUUGCCGCAGAAAUGUUGAAGCAAUGCAAGAGCAAGAGGAUAGAAGUAAUGAUGAUGGUCUGUGCUGCAGAGAAGUUGAAGCCGUUGAAGCUAUGCAAGAGCAAGAGGAUAGAAGGAAUGAUGAUGUUCUGUGCUGCAGAGAAGUUGAAGCCGUGCAAGAGCAAGAGGAUAGAAGGAAUGAUGAUAUUCCAUGCCGCAGAAAAAUUGAUGCUAUGCAAGAGCAAGAGGGUAGAAGGAAUGAUGAUGUUCCAUGCUGCAGAAAUGUUGAAGCAAUGCAAGAACAAGAGGAUAGAAGUAAUGAUGAUGUUCCAUGCUGCAGAGAAGUUGAAGCCGUGCAAGAGCAAGAGGAUAGACGGAAUGAUGAUGUUCCAUGCUGCAGAAAAAUUGACGCUAUGCAAGAGCAAGAUGAUAGAAGGAAUGAUGAUGUUCCUUGCUGCAGAAAUGUUGAAGCAAUGCGAGAGCAAGAGGAUAGAAGGAAUGAUGAUGUUCCGUGCUGCAGAGAAGUUGAAGCCAUGCAAGAGCAAGAGGAUAGAAGGAAUGAUGAUGUUCCAUGCUGCAGAAAAAUUGAUGCUAUGCAAGAGCAAGAGGAUAGAAGGAAUGAUGAUGUUCCAUGCUGCAGAAAAAUUGAUGUUAUCCAAGAGCAAGAGGAUAGAAGUAAUGAUGAUGUUCUAUGCUGCAGAAAUGUUGAAUCAAUGCAAGAGCAAGAGGAUAGAAGGAAUGAUGAUGUUCCAUGCAGCUCAAACUGUUUGAGCAGCUUAGAUCGACUGCCAACUGCCAGUACAAUGACUGGACAUGCUGUGCCUAAUCUAGUUUACAGGAGAAAGAAGCUACGGAAGAAUUCAACUGUGCCCGUUUUAAAAAUAGGGCCUAUGUCUGUGCCAGCAAGUGCCAGUUGCCCUUUAUUCAUAAGCCCCUGUGCUCAUAGAUUAACAUUGGAGCAUCAGCCAGCCAGCUCUCAAAUUGAACGAGUUACUGAAAUGGUUAAUGAUCCUGAUGCACCCAUUGUCUUAUGUGAAACAGCAGUAGAUAGCAGCAUACCUAAAAAUUUAGGUAUUAACAGCAUUUAUGAUAGUUGCUCCUCAUCAAAAUCAAAUAUGGAAAUUGUUUCAGAUUCCAUAGAAACUGGAGUGGAUGACACUGGCGAAUGCUCCUCAUCUAGUGUAUUAGUCAUGGAUGCCCCUGUAGAAGACCUAUCAGCAAAGGAUUUCUGCGUCAAAAUUUUAAGAAGCCAUGGACUCCUUGGAGAAGAUUCUCAUGCUCCUACUGUAGCUUCUCAAGUGCAGGUGGCUACCUCUGGUAAUAGUUGCAGUUCCCGGUCAUGCAAAAUAUGUGGCCAUUUAGAUGGCUCAUUGAGCAUGCUUAUAUGUGAUCAUUGUGAAGAGGCACACCAUCCAUCCUGCAUGGUUCCGCGUGUGAAAAAGUUACCAAUUGAUGAAUGGUUUUGUCAUUCAUGUAUAAAAAGGAAGCAGAAAAUUCUUAAGGAGUCAAUUAUUAGACGUUCACCAACUAGUGAAAUGGAAUUAUGCAGAUCUUCCUCAGUCAAUGGAGGAUUGAAUCCUAUACUGUUGAUGUUGAAUGAUUCUGAGCCAAGUAAAAGUGGUGUACGGGUUGGUAAAGGUUUUCAAGCAGAAGUUCCUGAAUGGUCAGGUCCAAUAGGAAGUGAUGAUGACUGUGCUGAACCGUUGGAAAUUGGUUCUUCAGCAAUUUCCAGUUUGCUGGAAAAGAAUCUCAAAAGGUCAACAAGACCCAGCUCCAUUGGUAAUUGGCUUCAGUGUCAAGAGGUUGUAGAUAGAGCCAAAGGAACUAUAUGUGGUAAAUGGCGCAGGGCUCCUCUUUUUGAAGUCCAAACUGAUAAUUGGGAGUGUUUCUGUGCCAUCCAGUGGGAUCCGGCUCAUGCUGAUUGUGCUGUACCUCAGGAGGUGGAAACAGAUCAGGUUCUGAAGCAACUGAAGUAUAUAGAAAUGUUGAGGCCGCGACUUGCCGCAAAACGUUCAAAAUUAGACAACAAAAGGGGUGGUGAAUGAAGGAUCUUGAAUAUGGUUUUGGUCAAAAUUAGACAACAAAAAGGGUUGUGAAUGAAGCAUCUUGAGUAUGGUUUUGGUUGGAAGAGGUUGAACGUUGGCCUUUGUAUAUUGUUUGUUGAGGUCCCGUAUGCCAGAAUCUUAGAUAUAUUCCAUUUGAGUUGGGACUCAGCAAAUUCUUACUUAGGCUUUUGUAUGGAUUCAGAAUAGCAUAGCAUCUCAAUGAGUAGGUUUUGUAAUUUGAUGCUUCUCCAUAUUAUCUCUUUAGACGCUUGUUAAGUUCAACAAAAAUGAUAGGUGAAUUUUUGUAUAGCUCAACGUCAUGUGACUGGUUUAUUCAUUUCUUUCUUUCUU